AUGGGCCAUAUUCUCAAUGGAAUGUCUGUCUCCUUGUUCGAUAUAUAUCAAAGUAGCAUCUCUGCAAAGGAACUAUGGGAGACAUUAGAGUCAAGAUACAUGCAAGAAGACGCUACAAGUAAGAAGUUUCUUGUUUCUCAAUUUAAUAAUUAUAAAAUGGUUGAUAAUAAAUCAGUAAUGGAACAAAUGCAUGAGAUUGAAAGUAUUCUUAAUAACUACAAACAACAUCAGAUGCACAUGGAUGAAACUAUUAUUAUAUGUUGCAUAAUAGACAAACUUUCACCUUCGUGGAAAGAUUUCAAAAAAUCCAUGAAACAUAAAAAAGAUGACAUAUCUUUUGAGCAAUUGGGUAAUCAACUUCGUUUAGCAGAAGAGUACCGUAAACAAGAGGAUCUAAAAACCAAUUUUCUCAUGAAAAGAUCCAUGUUCUUGAAAAGGGAGAACAAAGAGAAGAAUUCAGGUGCAACAAAAGAUAAUCUUGUUGCUGUCAUUUCUGAACUCAACAUGAUUGAAGAUGUUGAAUCUUGGUUGAUAGACUCUGGUGCUACCCGCCAUGUGUGCAAAAAUAAAGAACUAUUUAAGACCAUUGAUGAAGAAGAUGGAAACAUUUUAUACAUGGGAAAUGCCUCUACUGUCCAAGUCAAAUGA